CAUAGAUGUAACACUUCCUUGAGUACAGGUGCGAUGCCCCACCCCUUCACCCCGCCCCGUCAUGUGAUUUAACAAAUAACAUAAAUAUCUUGUAACUUGUAUUUAGUUGCAAUAUGGUUUUUCUUACAUGUGAAAAAUUGAGUAAACUUUUAAUAUGAAUGAAUGAAGAAAUGAGAGAAAAAAUAUCGGAUUUCAUUUGGAUAUGGAUAUUUAUUCUUCAGCCCAUUGUUGAAGGAGGAAUAUGUUGGCAGUCAAUAUCUAAAACGGGUAAUUGUAGAAAGAUGUUAAUGAUCAACGUUACAAAGGAACAGUGCUGUUCUUUUCAAACCGAACCUAGUGUUGGGUGGUCACCACAAUCUGCUCCCUCCUCAGGUCUUAUCUUUUUCUGGGAGUAUCUAUCAACAAAAGGGGCACCAGUAUGUAGGAAAUGUCAUAACAGCUGUAAAGACGUGAUAUGUCCAAAAGAGAAGAAGUGUCGGAUGAAGAAAGGAAUUCCAAAAUGUGUAUGCAAACCAAAAUGUAGUAGUAUUGAAAGAAGUAAAGGACCCGUAUGUGGGACUGAUAUGACAAAAUACAAAAGUCGCUGUCAUCUUUUAAGACACAACUGUCGAUAUAAUACAGAUAUUAAAGUUGAUUAUUAUGGAAAGUGCAAAGAUUCGUGUAAAUUCGUCAAAUGUCCGUCAGGACGUUUUUGUGUUGAAGAUCAGAAUGGUCUGCCUCACUGUAUUAUAUGCAGCAUUGAUUGCUCAUUAGCACACAAAGAACCCGUAUGUGGUAAUGACAAACAGACAUAUGAUAAUGGCUGUCAUCUACGGGCGGAGUUCUGUAGAACUGGAAAUCCAAUACAAAUAGCAUAUCCAGGUCCAUGCAAAGCAAAUGCAACAUGUCCUUCUAUAAGAUGUCCAUAUUUCAUGGAGUGUCUAGUUAAUCCAGUAACCAAACAACCUAUAUGUACAAACUGUAGACCCCAGUGUUCACCAUUAUCUGUAGUGCCCGUAUGUGGUACGGACGGAAUAUCAUAUAAAAAUUACUGUACUAUGAGGAGAAAGUCGUGUGAAAUGAGAGUACUUAUACAAACUAAAUACAGUGGUCGUUGUCAUAAAAAACGACACGGCUGUAAAGGGUGUAAACGACAUUUAAAACGAAUUUUACGACGAAGGCGAAAACAGAGAAGAAGAAAAGGUCAUCACAGAAAUAAAGGUUCACACUUUAAACAAUUUAAAUCAAAAAUCUAUGGCGGUUAUACAAUAUUUCCCAAAAUGAUUGUCACAACAGAGAAAUAUAAACUUGACAGCUACAAAGAGUUUGGAUGAAACAUGCUUUAUAUUAGAAUUAAUGGCAUAUUUCGUAAAUGAAUGAAUGCGGGUGCGAAUCCUAGUCUGUGAUAAUAUCUAUGUUCAAUAUGAAUGGCUAUUUAUAAAAUCGAGUUUCAGUUUGGUGUCCGUCAAGACAUAAGUGUUGUAUAUUUUACAGAACAUGGUUGUGAAUGCGAUGUUCAGACUAACGCUUGAUCCAGACAAUGAGACCGAACCCUGAAACAAUGAGCUUGAGAAAAGAGUAUCUGUGAUCGUUAUUAUGUGUCAGUAUAUUCGAUAGAGACAACUGUGAUCGUUAUGAUUAAUCGUUUUGUUCUCUAAAGUAACUGAACGAUCAUUUGUCACUACGCUCUUUGAAAUAACUGUGAUCGGUAUCAAUAAACGCUACGUUCUUCGAAGUAACUGUGAUGUUAUGAUGUGCCACUACGUUCGUCGAAGUAACUGUGAUCGUUAUGAUUUGUCACUACGUUCUUCGAAGUAAAUGUGAUCGUUAUGAUUUGUUACAACGUUCUAUGGAGUAACUGAACGAUCAUUUGUUACAACGGUCUUUGGGAUAGCUGUGAUAGUUAUAAUGUGCCACUACCUUGUUUGACGUAACCAAAAUGAUGAUUUGUCACUACGUUCUUCGAAGUAACUGUGAUUGUUAUGAUUUUUACACAGCACGUUCUUUUGAGAAACUGAUACCGUUAUUAUGUUUCAGUCCGUUCUAUGGAGUAACUGUGAUCGUUAUUAUGUGUCAUUGCGUUGUUUUUUUGUAAAGAAACUGUGAUUGUUCUCAUGUGUCAGCAUUUUCGUUUGAGAAACUACAUUUGUAAUUAUGUGUCACUAAGUUCUAUGAGAAACUGUGAUUGUUGUCAGAUGUCAGUACGUUCGUUUGAGAAUCUGUGAUCGUUGUUACGUAUCUUUAUGUUCCUUAUUUAUUCCAUUUACAUUGAGAUUAAGUCUCCUUUUCAAUUAAAGAACUAAA